AUGGCGACGAGAAAGAGAUGCACGGCGCUCGUGGUCGAUGUGAGUCCGUCGAUGCACCCGCACCUGGGCCCCGUCGGUGACCACCUGUCGCGCGUGGUGCAGAACCGCAUCCUGAACGCGAGGAUCGACGAGUUCGCUCUGAUUGCCUUCGGAUCCGACGAGACCAACAACGACGUGCACACCGAGGGCCUGGACGCGGCGGCGGCGAGCGGCGAGCGGGACUACGAGGAGGAGUAUCGCAACAUCGCCGUCAAGGUCCCGAUGGGGUGCUGCUCGUCGGAAAGCGCGGAGGUUGUCGCGUCGUUGCGGGGGAUGGCCGGGAGCGCGCCGAGCGAUUACCUCGAGGCGCUGGUGGUCGCUUCGGACAUGCUGGUCAACCACCAGCGCGGCGGCGCGUUCCUCCGCAGGAUCAUGCUCGUCACCGACCUUCGAACGCCGUGCGAAGUCGACGAUGACUUCAUCGAGGACAUAGCGAGGGGGAUGAGGGCGGUUGACAUGCAGCUGACGGUGGCGGUGGUGCGGGGCGAGGAGAGCGAGGACGAGACGACGCGGAUUCAGGAGGAGGACACCGUGAUGGCAAAUAGGGAGACGCUCCAGAGGCUGUGCGACCUGCUCAACGAACCGAGCGAUAAGGGACCCGUCGCGGUCACCAACCGUUCGUGCAUAGAGGACCACGCCGCGGCGCUUCAGGCGGCGCAGGUGAAGACGACCAAGCCGACGACGACGUUCAGAGGUGACCUCGAGUUCACGCCUUGGAUGUCUCUGAAGGUUUGGGUGUACAAGAAGGUAUCCGAGGCCAAGCCGCCCGCGAUGAAGAUGUACAGCGACGCCGCGGAUGAGGCCGCGGGGGAUGAUCCCACCGUGGGACGCGAGAGGGUGUUUCGGAGCUACGCGGAUCCCGACGCUCCCGUGGACGUGGCGCCGGAGAUGAUGAUAUCGGCGUAUCCCUACGGACCCGCCAACAUACCAAUACAGGACGAGGUCAAGGAGCUCAUCGCCGCCAGGAACGACAAGGGUAUGAAAAUAUUCGGUUUCACCUCGCUCGACCAGGUGCCGCACUGGAUGGGGAUGGACGAGCCGAGGGUGUUGGUGCCGUGGCCCACGAAGGACGGAAGCCUCGCCGCGGGCAUGGCGGCUUCGGCAGGAGCGACGGACAGGGAACAUCGCAAGGCGACCGAGGCCAUGUCCGCCAUGGCGCGGGCGAUGCAGCGCAAGGGUCAGGCGGCGCUGGUGCGGGCAGUGUGGACGCAAAACUCCGACAAAGUAUCCUUCGGCGCGCUCACGCCGCACAUCACGAAAGAGGGUGAUUUUCUGCUCUUCGUCCCGCUGCCCUUCGCCGAGGACAUGUACUCGAACGACUUCAAGCCCCUGCCGGUGCCGGGAUGCAAAGCCGCCGCACAGCUCGGCGCCAACGCCAAGGCGAAGCUCGUCCCGACGGACGAGCAGCGCGCGGCGGCUGCGGCUCUCGUCGAUUCCCUCGACGGGUCCGGCCCCGAUCCGUGGGAUUGCCUCAACCCGUCCCUGACCCGAACGCACGCGCUCAUCGCGGCUCGAGCGACAAACGAACUCGCCGCGCCGCCGGCGUCCGCCUCGGGGUCCGGACCCGACGCCGCCGCCGUGCUCCUCGCGUCGCCGUUCACCGGAGUCCCCGCGAUGGCCCUCCCCGCGGGUAGGUCCCUCGCCGGGCCGGGGGCGAGGGAGGCGGCGGCGGCGUUUCGGUUGGCGUGCGGAGGGUUGAAGUUGACAGAGCCAAAGACGGGCGGUUGGAAGCGGAAGCGCGCGGGCACUGAGGCGUUACCCGCGCAUCGCGAGGUACCGGAGGAGAACGUGGCCGUUGAACACAGGGCCGACGACGACGACGACGCGGCGGUGCCCGCGCACGCAUCGGCUCAGCGACCUCAGAGGGAGGACGGCGCGGCGCCGCGGCGGGCACCCGAAGCCGCCCGGGCGGCGCGGCCCGAUUCGCCCCGCGGCGACGAGGACGCGUGGACGGUGGUCGUCAAGGAGGAACCCGUGAGUCAGGUCACCAUGGAUCUGCCCACGCAGGUGCUCCCCGUCGAAAUGGAGCCGGCGAACAUCGCCGUGCCGACGCAAGUUGAGGCUCCGAAGCCGGCGGAGGAUGACGAAUUUUUCGACGACAUGGACUAG